CGCCAUGGCGGCCUCGGCGAUGGCGGAGCUGCGCCAGGAGGGGAACGAAUAUUUCCAGGCCAGCCGCUACGCGGAGGCGCUGGCUGCAUACGCACGCGCGCUGGACCUGCCCGAGGCCGGGCCCGAGGCCUCCCAGCGCGCCCUGCUGUACCGCAACCGCGCCGCCUGCCACCUGAAGCUGGAGGACUACGCGCAAGCCGAAGCGGACGCCUCCCGAGGUGAGCGCCCCCCUCCCCCGCUUCCCCCUCGACCUCGACCCCGAAACGCCGAAACGCCUCCCUUUUACUCUCGCGCAGCUCUGGAGCUGGACGGGCAUGACGUGAAGAGCCUCUUCCGCCGUAGCCAAGCCCUCCGGGGCCUGGGCCGCCUCGACCGGGCCGCCUCGGACCUGCAGCGGUGCGUGUGCUUGGAGCCCAAGAACAAGGCCUUCCAGGAGGCACUGCGCGACCUUGGCAGCAGCGCCCAGGAGAAGAUGAAAGCCAUGACCUGCACUGAUUCCAAAGUAGAAGCCAUGUUUAAGCUGCUCCUGAGCAACGGGGAGAAGGAUCAAGACAAGAAGCAAAAGGCAGCUCAGAAUUUGAUAGUUCUGGCUCGAGAGGAGCCUGGUGCCGAGAAAAUUUUCCAAAAUGAUGGAGUCUGCUUACUGCUGCAGUUAUUGGACACAGGCCAUUUGGAUAUGAUGAUAGCAGCCUUGCGGACCUUCACCGGCCUCUGCCGUGGCCACUGUUCUCGAACAGUGGUGAUUCUGAGUGACCUGGGGCCUCGGCGCCUCUUUGCUGUGCUAGAGAGGGAGGAUGAGCAGCUUUCACUGGCUGCCUAUAACCUGUUGCAGGUCAUGCUUGAGACCCUCAGGCAGGGGCUGCAGAAAGAAGUGCUGCACAGAGAUAAUGUUUUGGCAUCAGACUCAUCCAGAGAGCUGAGGUUGCUCCUUAGAUGGCUGUUAGAGGCUCUCACUCGAGCAGGCAUCUCUUCCUAUGGUCGUGACAGUAUCCUCAAUCUGCUGAUCAGCGUAAUAGCCCCAAAGCCACUGCAAGCCUCCAACAACUCUUUGACUCUUUGGGUCAUUGAUCAUGGUCUCGGAGAGAUCCUGGAGGUUGGGGGCACAGUGCCCCACAGUCCUGAAGGCCUGCGUGUGACAGAGAACACCCCUAUGACUGUGGCCGUGCUGCUCAAUAAGCUUUAUGAGGACUUGAAGUGUGAUGGCGAAAGAGAAAAUUUUCACCGACUUUGUGAGGAUUAUGUCCGGGAUCAGUUCCAGGAUCAUGGCCUGCCUGGGAAACUCAGGGCCAUCCAGACUGUGAGCUGCCUCCUGCAAGGCCCUUCAGAGGCCGGGAACCAGGUGCUGGAACUGAAUGGCAUCAUGGAGAACAUCCUGGCCUUGUGUGCCUCAUCCCAGGUGGCUCACCAGCUUGUGGCUGUGGAGGCCCUGAUCCAUGCAGCUGAUAAAGCCAAACGUGCCUCCUUCAUUACCACGAAUGGUGUGACGCUGCUCAAGGAGAUUUACAAGCACAGUGAGCGUGACAGCAUUCGCAUCCGGGCCCUGGUGGGCCUUUGUAAAUUGGGCUCGGCAGGGGGCACAGACUUCAGCAUGAAACAGUUUGCCGAAGGCUCCACCAUGAAACUGGCCAAGCAGUGCUGCAAAUGGUUGUGCAAUGAGACCCUUGAUGCUGGCACCCGCCACUGGGCAGCAGAAGGUUUGGCAUUCCUUACCUUGGACGCAGAUGUCAAGGAAGAACUUCUGGAAGACAAGGCAGCUCUGCAGGCUCUGUUCCAUCUGGCACAGUCAGAGAAUCGGAGCUGCUUAUUUGCAGUGGCCUCUACACUGGUUAACUGUACCAGCAGCUAUGACUUUGAGGAACCUGACCCACAGAUGGUGGAACUUGCUAAAUAUGCCAAGCAGCACAUCCCUGAGAAGCACCCCAAGGAUAAGCCAGAGUUCGUCCACAGGCGCGUGCAGAAGCUCUUGGCCGCAGGUGUGGUUUCGGCUCUUGUUUGCAUGAUCAAGAACGAGAGUCCUCCUUUAAGCCCUGCCUGCCGGGAGCUGAUUUCCAGGGUUUUCCUGGCCAUAGUGGAUAACCCAGAGAACCGUGGGGCUGUGGUAGCUGCCGGAGGGGGGAAGGCGCUCAUCCCUCUGGCUCUGGAAGGAACUGAAGUGGGGCAGAGCAAGGCCGGCCAGGCUCUGGCCAAGAUCGCCAUCACUACGGCUCCAGAGAUGGCCUUUCCUGGAGAACGGGUCUAUGAGGUGGUCAGACCCCUGGUGAGCCUCCUGCAUUUGACUCGUUCUGGCCUGCAGAAUUUUGAGGGGCUGAUGGCACUCACCAACCUGGCUGGGACCAGUGAGAGGCUCAGGCAGAAGAUUGUGAAGGAAAAGGCCGUGCCCCUAAUUGAAGGCUUCAUGUUUGAGGAACACGAGAUGAUUCGUCUGGCGGCCACGGAGUGCAUGUGCAACCUGGCCUUGAGCCCCCAGGUGGCAGAGUUGUUUCUGGCCGAAGGCAGCGAUCGACUCAAACUGCUGGUUUUAUACAGUGGGGAGGAAGAUGAGAGGCUUCGUCAGGCAGCUUCUGGGACGCUGGCAGUCUUGACAUCGCUGUUGCCACAGAUCUGUGUCCGGAUUUCACAAGCUGCAACGGACUGGCUGGAAAUCCUGCAGUCUCUGCUCUUCAGCCCCUGCACAGAGCUUCAGCAUCGCGGCAUGGUAGUGGUGAGAAACAUGAUGGCAGCCGACCGGGAGGUGGCCAUGAAGCUGAUGGAGAGCGAGAUGCUGGAGAUAUUGUCCAUGGCGACCACGGCAGAGGAUAAGCCCCAGGUGGCUCAGUUGGCCCAGGAGUGCCUGGCUCAUGCUGUCUCCUAUGGCUUGAUUAAGCCCAAUGCUGCUGCAGGGGAGUGAGGGCCCUGGUCCCUUUUCCUCCCUCUCCGCUCAGAAGCACCUCCACUGCACCUGGCCACAUGCACCAGGCUGGCCUGGUGAGGCGCUACUGGCUGCUGGGCAAAGCAGGAGUUCUUGGGGGUCCUGGGACAGACACACACACAUAGGUGAAACUCAAAAAAUUAGAAUAUCGUGCAAAAAUUCAUUUAUUUCAGUAAUGCAACUUAAAAGGUGAAACUAAUAUAUGAGAUAGACUCAUUACAUGCUUGAUUUGUCAUAAUUUUGAUGAUUAUGGCCUACAGCUCAUUAAAACCCCAAAUUCACAAUCUCAGAAAAUUAGAACAUUGUGAAAAGGUUCAAUAUUCUAGGCUCAAAGUGUCCCACUCUAAUCAGCUAAUUAAGCCAUAACACCUGCAAAGGGUUCCUGAGCCUUUAAAUGGUCUCCCAGUCUGGUUCAGUAGGAAUCACAAUCAUGGGUAAAACUGCUGACCUGACAGUUGUGCAGAAAACCACCAUUGACACCCUCCAUAAGGAGGGAAAGCCUCAAAAGGUAAUUGCAAAAGAAGUUGGAUGUUCUCAAAGGGCUGUAUCAAAGCACAUUACUAGAAAGUUAUGUGGAAGGGAAAAAUGUGGAAGAAAAAGGUGCACAAGCAGCAGGGAUGACCACAGCCUGGAGAGGAUUGUCGGGAAAAGGCCAUUCAAAAGUGUUGGGGACUUUCACAAGGAGUGGACUGAGGCUGGGGUCAGUGCAUAAGAGCCACCACACACACAGACGGAUCCUGGACAUGGCUUCAAAUGUCGUAUUCCUCUUGUCAAGCCGCCCCUGAACAACAAGCAACGUCAGAAGCGUCUUACCUGGGCUAAAGAAAAAAAGAACUGGUCUGUUGCUCAGUGGUCCAAAGUCCUCUUUUCUGAUGAGAGCAACUUUUGCAUCUCAUUUGGAAACCAAGGACCCAGAGUCUGGAGGAAGAAAGGAGAGGCUCACAGUGCAAGAUGCUUGAAGUCCAAUGUGAAGUUUCCACAGUCUGUGUUGAUUUGGGGAGCCAUGUCAUCUGCUGGUGUUGGUCCACUGUGCUUCAUUAAGUCCAGGGUCAACGCAGCCGUCUAUCAGGAGAUUUUGGAGCACUUCAUGCUUCCUUCCGCAGACGAGCUUUAUGGGGAUGCUGACUUCAUUUUCCAGCAGGACUUGGCACCUGUCCACACUACCAAAAGUACCAAAACCUGGUUCAAUGCCCAUGGAUUACUGUGCUUGAUUGGCCAGCAACCCCAUAGACCUGAACCUGAACCCCAUAGAGAAUCAGUGGGGCAUUGCCAAGAGAAAGAUGAGAGACAUGAGACCAAACAAUGCAGAAGAGUUGAAGGCCGCUAUUGAAGCAUCCUGGUCUUCCAUAACACCUCAGCAGUGCCACAGGCUGAUAGCUUCCAUGCCACGCCACAUUGAGGCAGUAAUUGAUGCAAAAGGGUCCAAAACCAAGUACUGAGUACAUAUGCAUGCUUAUACUUUUCAGAGGUCCGAUAUUGAUUUCAUGUAAUAUUCUAAUUUUCUGAGAUUGUGAAUUUCCGGUUUUCAUGAGCUGUCAGCCAUAGCCAUCAAAAUUAUGACAAAUCAAGGCGUGAACUAUCUCGCUUUGCAUGGAAUUAGUCAAUGUCAUAUAUUAGUUUUACCUUUUAAGUUGCAUUACUGAAAUAAAUGAACUUUUGCACGAUAUUCUAAUUUUUUGAGUUUCACUUGUACAAUGGUUCUCCUGCACUUUUUGCAUUUUGUACUCUGGCACACAAUUUUAUAGGAUUUAGGAAAUAACAGGACACACUGCAUAAAUAAAUAAAUAAAUAAACCCCUG